AUGGUCUGGCUGGCGCCGCUGGGCGCCCUGCUGUGCGCGCUGCGCCCGGGGUCGGGCGCCGCGGACCCCGAGGUCCUCCCGCCCGCGCUGCCCCGCCGCUGCCCCGCUCCGUGCGUCUGUGCCGCGGACGUGCUGAGCUGCGCCGGCCUCGGGCUGGGGGACCCGCCGGCCGCCCUACCUCCCACCGCCGCCGACCUCGACCUGAGCCACAACGGGCUCCGGCGCCUGCGCCCCGGCUGGCUGGCCCCGCUCCCGCGGCUGCGCGCGCUGCGCCUGGGCCACAACCGGCUGGACGCCCUGGGGCGCCACGUCUUCGCCAACGCCAGCGGCCUGACGCUGCUGGACCUGUCCUCCAACGCGCUGCGCGCGCUGGGGCGCCACGACCUGGACGGGCUCGGGGCGCUGGAGCGGCUGCUGCUCUUCAACAACUGCCUGGUGCACCUGGACGCGCGCAGCUUCCACGGCCUGCCCGCGCUGCGCCACCUGUACCUGGGCUCCAACGAGCUCGCCUCCUUUUCCUUCGAUCACCUGCACGGCCUGGGCCCCGCGCACCUGCGCACGCUGGACCUGUCCUCCAACCAGCUGGGGCCGCUCUCGGUCCCCGAGCUGGCGGCCCUGCCCACCUUCCUCAAGAACGGCCUCUACCUGCACGACAACCCGCUGCCCUGCGACUGCCGCCUCUACCACCUGCUGCGGCGCUGGCGCCAGCGGGGCCUGGGCGCCGUGCGCGACUUCGCCCGCCAGUACACCUGCCUGGCCUUCCCCGUGCCCGGCUCCCAAGUGCGCUUCUUUGAGCACAGCCGCGUCUUUGAGAACUGCUCGGCGGCCUCGCUUCCCAACCUGGAGCAGCCGGAAGAGCAGCUGGACACGCAGGUGGGUCGGUCCCUGAGGCUUUACUGCAACACCAGCGCCCCGGCUGUGCGCAUUGCCUGGGUGUCGCCCCAGAAUGAGCUGCUCGUGGCUCCCGGAUCUCGCGAUGGCAGCAUCGUGGUGCUGGCCGACGGCAGCUUAGCCAUCGCCAAAGUACAGCAGCGACACGCGGGGGUCUUCGUGUGCCUGGCCAGCGGGCCCCACCUGCACCACAACCAGACGCUAGAGUACAACGUGAGCGUGCACUUCCCCCGCCCCGAGCCCGAGGCUUUCAACACCGGCUUCACCACCCUCCUCGGCUGUGCCGUGGGCCUGGUGCUGGUGCUCCUCUACUUGUUCGCGCCGCCCUGCAGGGCUUGCGGCCGCCGCUGCCACACCUGCCGCCGCCGCUGGCCGCGCACACCCAGCCCGCUCCAGGAGCUGAGCGCCCAGUCCUCCAUGCUCAGCACCACGCCGCCAGACGCACCCAGCCGGAAGGCUAGUGUCCACAAACAUGUGGUCUUCCUGGAACCCAGCCGGAGAGGCCUCAAUGGGCGUGUGCAGCUGGCAGUGGCCGAGGACUUCGAUCUCUGCAACACUGUGGACCUGCCACUCAAGGCUGGCUCUGAGACGGCCAGCUCCACAGGCUCAGAGGGCCUCAUGAUGACUCAGUCUGCCUGAGGCCCCCCGGCCCCGCCCAUAGCCCUCCUGCUUGCCCUCCUCCCUAGUCCAGAGCAUUGCCAGGUGCUGGGGGCGAAGCCCUACAAACCUGCUCCUAUAUAGGCCUUAACCUCAAUCAACCCACUGGUAAUGGGGUUGAGGUCCCCAACUUGCCUCCUGCUCUGCCUAGCACGAGACCUCAAGGCCCACAGCUUAGCAUAGGGCCCACUAGUGCCUGCUUUCCCUUAGGACCUCCUAGCGCUUAGGUGUGGGGUGAGGGCUGGGGAAUAAGCAUUUCUCCUAAGAGCCCCGGGACCGCCAUCUUCAGGCCGAGGCAGAUGUCAAGGAAUGGAUUCACAUUACCUUCUCCUCCAACCAUGUCCCAGAGGGCAGGAGAAAAGGAGGAGGGCUCAGAAAAUCCGCACUCUCCCCAGGUGGAAGGAGAAAACAAGCCCUCCCUCUAGUGAACGAGCCCCGUCUCCAGUCUGCAAACCUUCCAGUCUGCAAGCACAAUGCUUCACGUGCAGGCUGGGGGGCAAGCGUGAGUCAGGCACACUUCCAAGAGACCCCUGGGGGAUCCAGCCUUAGCCUGAACCAGAGGGACCCUGCUCUCCGGCAGGCCCUCUGAGGGCAGUAAAAAGCCUGGCAAGCGUAGAAAACGAAGAGAGCCUUAGCUGGAACUCAAUGUCCCCAGAGGACAGGAGCCUCUUAAGGACUGGCAUUAGUCUCAGCCUAAUAGCUAAGGCGGUGUCCUGGCUCCACAGGCAUCUUAGCAUCCCCACUGCAGGGGCCCCUCAGGUGUCAGGGCUGAGCUGGGGAUCCCCAUGGUUACCCCAGGCCACGCUGUUAACGGUGUUUCCCAAUAAAGACUGUCCGUGCGCAUCACUGGAGCCUUCA